GGAAUCCGGCUCGGUGGCCGCGUGGAGGGCGGAGCGCGCUUCUCCAGAGGUGGAACCAGCCGUGUCCGUGUGUCUGCACCCCUUGCUUGCCGGCCGGCACUUCGGCUGCACAGUUUUGCCCAAGCCUGGAGACUUAGAGAGCAGGUAACUUGCUUCUGAUGGCUGGGAAUAAAGGAAGAGGACGUGCUGCUUAUACUUUUAAUGUCGAAGCGGUUGGAUUUAGCAGAGGUGAAAAGUUACCUGAUGUAGUAUUGAAACCACCCCCACUGUUUCCUGAUACAGAUUAUAAGCCAGUGCCACUGAAAACAGGAGAAGGUGAAGAUUAUAUGCUGGCCCUGAAGCAAGAAUUGAGAGAAACAAUGAAAAGAAUGCCUUAUUUUAUGGAAACACCUGAAGAAAAGCAAGAUAUUGAAAGGUAUAGUAAAAGAUAUAUGAAGAUUUACAAAGAAGAGUGGAUACCAGAUUGGAGAAGACUCCCAAGAGAGAUGAUGCCAAGGAAAAAGUGCAUAAUAGCAGGUCCCAAAUCCAAAAAGGCAAAAGAUAGAGGCAAAGGUACUUCACUCUCUAAUACUGCAGAUGUAUUGAAAAAAAUUGAGGAAUUGGAAAAGAGAGGUGAUGGUGAAAAAUCAGAUGAGGAAAAUGAAGAGAAAGAAGGAAGUAAAGAGAAAAGUAAAGAAGGUGAUGAUGAAGAGGAGGAGGAGGAAGAUGCUGCAGACCAAGAAGAUUAUGAUGAAGAGGAGCAAGAAGAGGAAAAUGACUACAUUAAUUCAUACUUUGAAGACGGAGAUGAUUUUGGUGCAGACAGUGAUGACAACAUGGAUGAAGCAACCUAUUAGCUAUGAAAAUUCUCAAAAUAGUAUUUCUGUGAUAUAACUUCUGAACAUUUGGGCAGAUUUGUUUUCUCUUUUAUUUCUGACAAGGAUGAGUAAGUAUUUUAUCUCUGUUCCUAUUUUGAUGGGCCAAUAUUCAGAACCACUUUUUGAGUUUACAGUUGCUUCACCAGGUUGUCUCUUGACACUUAACAUUCCUUUGCAACAUUUCUGUUAUGCCUCAUAUAUAUUCAAGUAUUUUCUGCUAUUUAAUUAGAAGGUGCCUGGAGUUUUUGUAUCCUUUAGUCUAUAUAUUCAUACUUGAACAAAAUUAUUCAUGUUUAACUACAGAUCAUUUGUAAAUCUGUUACUGACCAUCAAGAUUGAUUUCUGUAAUGUGGAAGUUGAUUUAACACUAACUGCACAAGGAGCACUUUACAAAGAAACUUGAAUUUUAUUUUUACUUUAUGGUUUGUUCUAGACUACUACAUUAUAACCACAUUACCCUGAGUUCUUACAAAUGCAUAUUUAUGAGAUUAGAAGUUUUGUGAUCAGAAACAUAUACACUGGGUCAAAUGCCAAUCUGAGCUAUGUAAACAGUAUACAACUUACACCUCAGCUCAUGCAGACAUUUAUCUGGAUGAAUAUAAAAAAUACUUGAAUUUGGGUUAAACUUCAUACCAUAGAUGAGUUAAUCAUCCCACUAUAAGUUCGAGAGCUUUAUGAAAAAUUAGACUGAAAUAUUGUAUUUUUGUCCUUUACAAAACUAUUAUUGUCUAGUCAUAGAAAUCUCAUUGCUGAAUGCUUGCAUCAUCUAUAAGGUGUAAUGGCCUCUGUUACAUUUUACAGGGCUUCAUAACUAACCAAAUGAUUUGUGUAACAAUGCUUAAUGAAACACAAGUCUUUUUAAAAUUGACAUCUUUUGUUUCAAUUAAAAGCUAGCUUGCCUAGCUUUUGGAGGGAAAAUAACUAAAGCUUCAUCCUCCAAAGGUUUACACGUACCAAAAGGUUCUCCAAAAAGUUCACAUAUAUUUGAAAAAUGAUUUAUUAAUAUUUCCCACCAAAUGUUUUAUUCCUUUGGGAAGAUGCAAUCCAGUACACUCAAACCUGAGAAUCAGAACCUAGAUUCUAUUUCUGCUUUACUAUAAAUUUAACGUUAAAACUGUGCGUGGGUAAGUUUCCUGUGCCUUAAGUUUCUCCACUUGUAAACAAUUGCCUAUAAAAAUUGCCUAGGGCCCUCCCUGGUAGUGCAGUGGGUUAAAGCACAGCACUCUGAAGCUAAAGCCACUUCAGCAUGAGUUCAA